GGCUGGUUCUCGGGGGCAGUGUACUUUAAAAGGGGCUAGAUCUGCUGCUCGGAUUCAGGUUGGAGUUUUUGUGCACCUCGCAGGGAAACAGAUGGAUCCCUUCUGGAUUUUUAACCCGUGAAUUCUUCUCAAUAGUCCCGUACACGCUGGAAGAGGGUUACGGUUACGCACAAGCGCGCAGACACCUCCAUGCGCCCGGAGUAGAAACGGUGACCAUGCCGCUCCCCUCGGUGAGCUCCUGCAAUUUCACGCACCAAAACUGCACCGAUAGCUCUAACUUUACGCAGCAGCUGAAGAGAAACGACACCGACCCGUUCGGACGUAACGAGGAGGUGGCCAAGCUCGAGAUCACCGUGCUGAGCCUGGCGUUCGUGGCGGCGGUGGUGGGCAACCUGAGCGUGCUGCUCGCCAUGUACCGAGCCCGGCGGAAACCGUCGCGCAUGCACCUGUUUAUGAAGCACCUGUGCCUGGCUGACCUGGUGGUGGCCUUCUUCCAGGUGCUGCCGCAGCUCUGCUGGGAGGUCACGUUCCGCUUCUAUGGGCCGGACUUCUUGUGCCGCAUCGUGAAGCACCUGCAGGUGCUGGGCAUGUUCGCCUCCACCUACAUGAUGGUGAUGAUGACCGUGGACCGCUAUAUCGCCAUCUGCCACCCGCUGCAGACGCUUCAGCAGCCCACGCAGCGCGCCUAUAUCAUGAUCGGCUCCACCUGGGCGUGCAGUCUGGUCCUCAGCACCCCACAGUACUGCAUCUUCUCCCUGAGCGAGGUGCGCCCCGGCUCAGCCGUCUACGACUGCUGGGGGCACUUCGUGGAGCCGUGGGGGGUUCGCGCGUACAUCACCUGGAUCACGGUCGGGAUCUUCGUGGUGCCCGUGGCCGUGCUCGUGUUCUGCUACGGAUUUAUCUGCCGUACGAUCUGGAGGAACCUCAGAUACAAAACCCAGAGGAGAAAGAGCGCGGAGGCCAGCAAAAGCGGGAUGCUGAGCCGGAGCUCGGUGAGCAGCGUCAGCACCAUCUCCCGUGCCAAAUUACGCACGGUCAAGAUGACCUUUGUGAUCGUGGUGGCGUACGUGGUGUGCUGGGCGCCUUUCUUCACGGUGCAAAUGUGGUCGGUGUGGGAUGAGACAUUCUCCUGGGACGACUCUGAGAAUGCCGCUGUGACGCUCUCCGCCCUGCUGGCCAGCCUCAACAGCUGCUGCAACCCCUGGAUCUACAUGAUCUUCAGCGGUAACCUGCUGUCGGACUUCGCCCGCAGCCUGCCGUGCUGUUGCCACCUGCGAAACCGGUUCCACCACCAGGAUUCGGACAGCAGCAUCCGCCGGACCACGCUGCUGACCCGCCUGCAGGGUCAACGCCCUUCAGAGCCUGUCAGAGACCUCAACCACACCCCCAAAAGCUGCCCGCCAAUCCCAUCUGCAUCCUGACCCCCAGAAACACUACCUUUGUGUGUUUAUGUGUGUAUGUGUGUGCGUGGUUAGUAAAACUGCAGCAGGUUUGCAGCAGUGAGGGAAGGUAUGACAUCAUCUGAGGGUGCAUUCACACCUACCCUCUGUUUUUUUGUUCCAAUCCAGUGGGAAAGUUUGUUUGUCCAAAGGACAUUUUUGGUGUUUGGCUUGUUUGGGUUCACACAGCUGAAGUUUAAUAACUCAUUUCCAGUCUGCGGGGUUGGAGACUGUGGGGAUAGUAAAUAAGUGCUGUACAGUACAGGCAGUGUGGAUGUAUUUCACUUUGAAUGCACUAUUGGGUGUGUUUCCUUGGAGAGCUGCUCUCAUUGAAGUAUUUAAAGCAUGUUUACGAGAUCAUUUUUUAAGACUUGAGGUUAAGUCUGGUGUUACUCUGCAGUCCUUGAAUUAAUUCAUGUACAAAUCCCUUCGCUCUCAAAAAAAAAAGAAGUGUUUCUCCGUUUUUGCUUCAUACUUUCUCGCUUCUGCUUUCUCCCUCUGAACAUACAAAACUUUAAAAAAAUAUUUCCAGCUCUUAAAGCCUCAAUAAAAUCCUCUUUGUUGUGCUGUUUUCUCAAUUUAACAAUCAAACAGGAAAAUAGUGCAUUUUGGGGGGACUAUUUUCAGUGGCGGAUGAAUUUGUCUACAUUGGGAUAUCCAUGACCUCACCUGAUGUCAUUCCGUAUUUAAUCAGUCAGUGCCUCUAUCACAGUGUACUUAAUGAAGCUAUGAAGUUUAACCUUCAUACUGUGAAAUCAUUGUUUUAAGAACGCUGGAGUGGAAAGGUACUUUAUUAAUAAUUAU